AUGAAAAGCGCGAGUGCAAAGAAGCGUAAUUUACAUUAUUCCAUGGAUUCUAACCAGUUGCGAGACAAGAACAUUCGAAAAAGAGGCAAGUACGGCCGCCCAUGUGACGUUUGCUCUUUCCGCCGAGUUCGCUGUGUUUUUCCUGCCGGCAGCUCAAAAUGCAUAGGGUGUACAACCCAUAACUGUGAAUGCACCAACAACCGGAUCCGCAAGAAGCUGGGCCCCAAACCGGGGAGGAGAAGCAUCGAGAACGGAGAGGAGGCCGUAAUACGACGUGUCACAUCUGCAGUUGAAGGUACUUCAUCAACUUUAGAAAACCCGUCUGCUUACACGGGUAUUCACAUCGCUCCAGCCCCAAGAAUGGAUAAGGAGCAGUGUCCACCAGACAUGAACAGCAUGAACAACCAGAAUGCCUAUGACAACACGGCUCCUCAUCCGUCCAGUUUCCUUCUGACUCCACCGACUAAUUUCACACCUGACGUUUUGGCUGUUCCAGAUGCGUUUGCGUCGUCGCAUCCCAACUCUGACAUGUUGAUCCCUUCGCCGUCGCUCUCCGAGGAUUAUGCGGCCAUUCCAAUUGAUAAGCUACUACCGUGCUUGCAGGUUUAUCAAACUUGGUUUUAUGGGUACUGGCCCGUUUUGUCCGUAGCAGAUCUUAUGCUGACGUUAGUUGGAGAUUCUAACAUGGACUCCCUGUGCAAGUAUAUCAAACUUUCAGAAGAGAACGCCAUGUCAUAUGCCUUAUGCUGCGCUGUCUGUGCCACGAUACUAACGCAAGUGACUUUUGUCACUUCCAAAAUUAAAAUGUUGAACAUAAACGCUUGCCUCCCCGCCAAUGAAUACGCUAAUGAGGCAAAAAGAGUUCGUUACCUAUAUGAUUAUGCAGCUAAUCCUACUGUGUUGACACUCUUGAGCUCAUUUUUUUUAUACACCCAUUACGUCAAUGUCAAGGGCAAAACUACUCAGUCCAACAUGUAUUUGCGAGAAGCAAUCACCACCUCGCAGAUUCUUGGUCUUCACGAGCCCCUGAGCUACGUGAACAAAAGCGCAGCCGAAGUUCAUCGGUGGAAAAAAAUCUACUAUAUGUUGCUUGUCACAGAACGAUACAUGUGUUUUGAAGAUGGCUUGCCUGUAAUUCUAGAUCCAUGUAUUGAAACUCCUUCUUUGGAGAAUGAGGAAUAUCCAAGUUUGCUUGUUGGUUUCACGGAAUUGGUGUGGGUAUUUUCGGUUCCCAGCAAAGAGUUCUUUGGUGAGUUGAACCAGAAGAGGGGAAAUAGAGAUUUGAAUGCUUUUAGACACUCAUUAGAGAGACAAGGGCUUGAGGAGAAAAAAAAGUGGAUCUUAAAUGUUCAUAACAAGCUCAGUCAGCCAUAUGACGAUGCUAUCAAGGUUUCUGACUCGCAGAAGCUAAAUAUUGUCCUCUCACAGGCUUGGAUUCAAUCGAUUGCAUGGCAUAUCACUUCAGAAAAUGGUCUUUUGUACGGUAACACAGACCCACGGAAUUGUUUUUCUGUGGAAUUUCCCGGAAAGAUUGCGGAGAAUUUUUUACGGGCCACAACAAACCUUCCUCUGUUUGCUUUCGAAUCUAAUGGGCCGGGUGUCGGCGUAAAAUUGCUUGCAAUUGCCGAAUCUUUGAGCCACGCCAUUCCUCACAGUCAAGAUAAAUUGAGUAUGGCGGAGAGGUUAAACUGCAUUUUUUCCCUAGUGAAUCGUUACAAGAACGACGUGGCCUUACCAUUGGAAGUUUACACUAAGGUAGCCAAUACAAUUGCUGAUCUCAAAUCUUGCAUUCCCCGGUCACUUCAGCAGAUUGGCGAGUACGAACAGAAUCGUAUCGAGGAACUUUGCGAAGAACAUGAAGAUCCGGAAUUGACGUACGAGGGGAUGUUGCGGCAAAAGCAAGCGGAGGAAUCCGAAUCGCUAAUUCCUGAUACAUCGUCCAUGCAACCUUCGCAAAUAUGCAAGCCAGCUACUUUGAGGUCCCAGGGCGAAUUUUUUUUGCUGGGCAACCGGGUGGUAAAUGGGGCUGGCGACUUUAAUUCCAUGAGCAGAACUACGAGCUCUAGCACAACGUCGAUUAUUGGCCUCAUGAACUCAUUCAUACCCGGCCAGUUUUACUCCAACAAAGAAUACCCUACGUUGAGUCCCGAAUACCCACUUUGA